AACUUUUUAUCACAAAAGCCAUGAACAAAGAUACCACAAAUCCACAUUAUUUUUAUAAGUUGACCCGCAGCAAAUCUAAGGAUGUUUUGCCACGUACUUUUUAUUGGUUUUUUAACACUUUGAAUUCUCCGAUGACAGACUUUGACUUCGAUCAUCUCCAAGUUGUCUUUAGUCAGUUACGAGAAUAAAAGGAAAGAUUAUUUGUUUUUGCUCAUGAAGCAUUGGAAAAUAAACACGAAAUGCGUGAAUUACUUGAAGCAAUAUCUCCAACACCCUUGUCACUCAAUGAAGAAAGCUCAUCAAGGAAGCACACUCCAUCUGCCAUCUUCUUUUUCCUCGGAGGGUUAAUCGUGCUCCUAGUUUUGCUGGUCCUUAUAUUCGUUUUCUGGAAAUUUAUCAGACCAGCGCGAGUCAACAAGUUAAAAAAGCGCGAUACCAGCUGCAAAGAUUAUUUCAGUGGGAACCUUAGGACAAUAAGUUACUUUAGUUUUCAAGCGUUAAAGAAGGCGACUAAGAACUUUCAUGAGUCUAACUUUCUUGGAAAAGGUGGUUUUGGUCCGGUUUAUUUGGGUAAACUACAAGAUGGAAGACUAGUUGCCGUAAAGAAACUGUCUUCCGAUAAGUCACAACAAGGAGACGCAGAGUUCCUUGCGGAAGUGAGAAUGAUCACUAGCAUACAACACAAGAAUCUCGUUCGCCUUCUUGGUUGUUGCUCUCAUGGACCUCAAAGGAUUCUCGUCUAUGAAUACAUGAAGAACAGGAGUCUAGACCUCAUUAUCUACGGGAAAAACGACGUGUAUUUAAACUGGAGCGCUCGGUUCCAAAUAAUUAUCGGUAUCGCUCGGGGAUUGCAAUACCUACACGAGGACUCACACAUCAGGAUUGUGCACAGAGAUAUAAAAGCGAGUAACAUUCUUCUUGACGAUAAAUUUCAACCGAGAAUUGGAGAUUUCGGGCUGGCUAGAUUCUUCCCUGAAGAUGAAGCUUAUCUUAGCACUGCGUUUGCGGGAACGUUAGGCUAUACGGCCCCAGAAUAUGCGAUUAAAGGAGAACUAUCCGAAAAGGUCGACAUUUAUAGUUUUGGCGUUUUGGUGCUUGAAAUCAUUAGCUGCAGGAAGAAUACCGAUCUUAGUUUACCGUCAGAAAUGCAAUACCUUCCUGAAUACGCAUGGAAGUUGUAUGAGAGAUCAAGAAUGGCUGACUUAAUCGAUCCAAGAAUGAAGAGCGAUGGUUUUGUCGAGAAAGAUGUGAUGCAAACGAUUCGCGUUGCUCUAUUGUGCAUUCAGCCUCAUGCAAACUUAAGGCCACCCAUGUCAGAGAUUGUAUCAAUGCUAACAUGGAAAGUGGAAAUGGUCAAAUCGCCGAUAAAACCGACGUUCUUGAAUGCAGGACGACGGCAAACGGAUGACAAAGAAUCUUGGGAAGCCGUCUCUGAUUAUUUUUCUUCUACACUCGAAAACGAAUCGCCCAACUUGACUCAACCUCCAAACUCUAUAGAUUCUAGUAACACCAUAAGUUUUUCAAGAAAAGUUGGCACUUUCAAAAAUGGUUAAUUUUUUUUUUUUUUUUUUUUUCUAAUCUUGUUUACCUAAACUUGCACCAAAAAUGGAGUUGAGCUUGUAAAUGAGUGGCAUAUUUUGUUAGAAAAUAAGGCAAAAAGUGUUAUGUUAGUAUGUACCAAAAAUAAUAAUACCCAUUUGUUUAUAUGUUAA